GAGACAAAAAAGAAAAGAGGUAUAUGUAAAGCACAAAAUAGGGUAGAAAUCUCAACAGGCACACAGUUUUAACAAAGCUUCUCCGGGAAGGAGAAGGGUUAUGACAGUUCACGGCCCAAGAAACACGUAUGCACAUGAAAAACUCCCCCACGCGUAAAUAUUCCUUUCUUUUCCGUGAUUUACGGCAAUUAGACCGCUUUCGGCUAUAGCUUGUCUGUCACAGCUCCUCGAGAACAGUUUGAUUCCCCCACGCGUCCUUUCUUUUCCUUGAUUCACGGCAAUUACCUGCUUUCUGCUGUAACUUGUCUGUUACAGCUCCUCGAGAUCCGUUUGGUUCCCCCACGCGUCCUUUCUUUUCCUUGAUUUAUGGCAUGCUUUCGAGAUUCUCUGACGCGUAGUUUGACUCUCCAAGACUGUCCAUCCAACGGUGGAGAAUUGCACGCCUUGUUCCUUAAAUAAGUGCAUUUUGGGGAUGGGACUGUUUACGUCAAAAACCUUUCUUAGAGUUUCAGCUCUUCUCUCUCAGAUCUUCAGAUCUCCCUCUGAUCUUCAGUAAUGGAACCACAAACCCAGCAACCAACCGAGGAUGGAGGAAGCAACAAAGCAGUCUGGAGCAGUGCUAACAUGCAUUGCAGGCGGAGCAGUACCAGGUGGGCUCCUACUACAGAUCAGAUAAGAAUCCUCAAGGAGUUUUAUGACAAUGGAGGUAAGAACCCAACUCCAGAGCAGAUUCAGAUGAUCACUCUCCAGCUGAAACGGUACGGACAGGUUGAGAGCAAGAACGUCUUUUAUUGGUUCCAGAACCACAAGUCUCGGGAGAGGCAGAAGAAGAGGUUGACUUCGAAAGUUGAUGGAUCCAUUAUUCUCAAUUUUGGGUCAACUAGUUCUGCUGGUGUUAGUGGAUCCAUCAUGGACCAACAAGGAGAAGAUCACCAGGAGAUUAAAACCCUUCCACUGUUCCCCAUGCAUGAUGAGGACAUUGGCAACAAGAAGACUCCUUCCGAGGGAGGUAGCAGCUAUGAUGACUACUCAGGUGGCGGCUACAACGGUGGCUCUCGCAUUGUUCUUGAGCUCAGCCUCAACUCCUCCGGAUCUGCUGACGUGGUUUAGUUACAAUUUUAUUUUGUAAAUAUAUGUAAAUAUAAUUUUUUUUU